AUGGAUCCCCAAACUGUGCCAGAGGCCGAGGUGGCCGAACUGGAGCUUGAGGCGGUGAUCGGUUUCAAUGGGCACGUACCCAAUGGCCUGAAGUGUCACCCGGACCAGGAGCAUCUGAUUUAUCCUUUGGGCUGCACAGUCCUCAUUCAGUCAAUCAAUACGAAGGAACAGAAUUUCCUCCAUGGCCACGGCAACAACGUCUCCUGUGUGGCCAUCUCUAAGAGUGGCGUCUACCUGGCCUCCGGACAAGUCACCUUCAUGGGCUUUAAGGCAGAUAUCAUUCUGUGGGAUUAUAAGAAAAGGGAGCUGAUUGCCCGGCUGUCGCUCCACAAGGGCAAAAUUGAAGCCUUGGCCUUUUCUCCAAACGACUUGUACUUGGUGUCCCUAGGAGGUCCUGAUGAUGGAAGCGUGGUCGUGUGGAGCAUAGACAAAAGGGACGCCAUCUGUGGCAGCCCCGCAGCCGGCCUUAAUGUGGGCAACGCCACCACCAUCGUCUUCUCGGCGUGCCAGGAUGAGAUGUUUGUUACCGCUGGAAAUGGGACAAUUCGAGUCUGGGAACUGGAUCUCCCCAACAGGAAAAUCAGGCCAACUGAGUGCCUAACCGGACAGAUGAAAAGGAUAGUGAUGAGCAUUACAAUGGCAGACGAUGAUAACUUUUUCUACCUGGGCACCACGACCGGAGACAUUCUCAAAAUGAACCCAAGGACUAAGCUGCUGGUGGACACUGGGCCCAUGAAGGACAAAUUCAGUCUGGGAGUAUCAGCGGUCAGAUGCCUGAAGAUGGGAGGCCUGCUGUUGGGCUCUGGAGCUGGACUGCUGGUGUUCUGUAAAAGCCCCAGCUACAAAGUUAUCAAGAAAAUCCAGUUACAAGGGGGCAUCACUUCCAUCGCUCUUCGAGGGGAAGGACACCAGUUUUUCGUCGGAACAGAAGAAUCACACAUUUACCGGGUCACCUUCACAGACUUCCAAGAGACUCUCAUUGCGACUUGUCACUUUGAGGCUGUCCAGGACAUCGUCUUUCCAUUUGGCACUGCUGAGCUGUUUGCUACCUGUGCCAAGAAGGACAUCAGAGUGUGGCACACCUUGUCCAACAGGGAGCUGCUGCGAAUCACCGUGCCCAACAUGACGUGCCACGCCAUUGAUUUCAUGAGAGACGGGAAGAGCAUCAUUUCAGCGUGGAAUGAUGGUAGAAUCCGAGCCUUCGCCCCUGAGUCAGGCCGGCUGAUUUACAUCAUCAACAAUGCCCACAGGAUUGGAGUGACUGCCAUCGCCACCACCAGUGACUGUAAACGGGUCAUCAGUGGCGGUGGAGAAGGGGAGGUGAGGGUGUGGCAGAUUGGCUGUCAGACCCAGAAGCUGGAGGAGGCCCUGAAGGAGCACAAGUCCUCCGUGUCCUGCAUCAAGGUGAAGAAGAACAACGAGGAGUGUGUCACAGCCAGCACCGAUGGGACCUGCAUCAUUUGGGAUCUUGUGCGUCUGCGGAGGAACCAGAUGAUCCUGGCCAACACCUUAUUCCAGUGUGUUUGCUAUCACCCCGAGGAGUUCCAGAUUGUCACCAGUGGGACAGACAGAAAGAUUGCUUACUGGGAAGUAUUUGACGGGUCCGUAAUCAGAGAGUUGGAAGGAUCCUUGUCCGGCUCAGUAAAUGGCAUGGACAUUACAGUGGAAGGAGUGCACUUUGUUACAGGUGGAAAUGACCAUCUGGUCAAAAUUUGGGAUUAUAAUGAGGGUGAAGUGACCCACGUCGGGGUGGGACACAGCGGCAACAUCACGCGCAUCCGGAUAAGUCCCGGCAACAAGUACAUCAUCAGUGUGAGUGCGGAUGGAGCCAUCCUGAGGUGGAGGUACCCCUUUGCCUCGUGAAGCAGCUCGGCCCACCUGGAGCCUCCCACGGCCUCACAAAGCUGUGUGCACACGCAGCUCCCCUCCCUCCAAGACUGGCCUCGAUUUCCCCGCCGGCGUUUUGGUUCUUUCCUGAAAAUAGUUUCCGAAUCAUUUUCUCCUUUCCUUCAUAGAAUGUAUUUGUACACUCUUCAGUUUUAUAUUAAAAUGGAAAUGCGCUCGAGAGCAAUUUCCCCAGACUGUAAUUAAAACGGUUCUUGUCUCUUGUGAAUAAA